CUGGUUUGUCUGGGGGAAACGAAGCAAAUGGGAAGUGUGGGACCGGGGAAACUAGAAAGCACCAAAAGAACGAUGUCUGUAGGACACGUGACGUACAGUUGCCGUGUACUACCUUGGUGCCGCGUGCAAUAAAACCGCGCGCCUUCUGACCACAUUGAAGAUUUAUAUUUAUCGGAUUAUUAAAGGUUAUGCAGUUGCAUCGACUCGGCAUCUCCGCUCUGCCUGGCAUUGCCAGCAGUUAUCAGUGAUUUCAUUGAUUGAUAUCAGGAUUUCGUGUUGGCCUCCUUUUCUAGGACUACUCGUGUAGAAGGAGAACAAUGGACUAAACGUUUUCUUGAAUAGCUACUUUACAAGGGAAUAAAUCUAAUUUGAAAGUUGGCGCUGAGUUUUCGUGACUACAAAUUGUUGUUUGGUAGGGGAACACUACUCAAUCUGUGUGAUGCGUCGGAUGUUAUAGGCGUGCAGCAAGACGAGCCUUUUAAUAGUUUAAUUUCCUAACCACUCUGAAUCGACCCGAAAAUGUCUAAUACAAAGUUCAAAAAGGAUAAAGAAAUCAUUGCUGAUUACGAGAGUCAAGUUAAAGAGAUCCGUGCCCAGCUGGUGGAUCAGCAGAAAUGCCUGGACCAGCAGACAGAGAUGAGGGUGCAGCUCCUCCAGGACCUGCAGGACUUCUUCAGGAAGAAGUCAGAGAUUGAGAUGGAGUACUCCAGGAACCUGGAGAAACUGGCAGAGAGGUUCAUGGCUAAGACUCGGAGCACCAAGGACCACCAGCAGUACAAGAAGGACCAGAACCUGCUGUCCCCGGUUAACUGCUGGUACCUGUUGCUGAACCAGGUGAGGAGGGAGAGCAAGGACCACGCCACCCUCAGUGACAUCUACCUGAACAACGUCAUCAUGCGCUUCAUGCAGAUCAGCGAGGACUCCACACGCCUGCUCAAGAAGAGUAAGGAGAUAACGUUUCAGCUUCAGGAAGACUUGAUGAAGGUCCUCAACGAGCUCUACACUGUGAUGAAGACUUACCACAUGUACCACACGGAGAGCAUUAGUGCAGAGAGCAAGCUGAAGGAGGCGGAGAAGCAGGAGGAGAAGCAGAUCGGCCGGGCCGAGCCUGUCUUCAGCUACCGCCUGGAAGACAAGCACCAGAGACGCAGCUCCGUCAAGAAGAUUGAGAAGAUGAAGGAAAAGCGCCAGGCCAAGUACUCGGAGAACAAGCUGAAGUCAAUCAAAGCACGGAACGAGUACCUGCUGACACUGGAGGCAACAAAUUCCUCCGUCUUCAAGUACUACAUCCAUGACUUGUCUGACUUAAUUGACUGCUGUGAUCUGGGCUACCACGCCAGCCUGAACCGUGCCCUGCGGACCUACCUAUCGGCUGAGUACAACCUGGAGACAAGUCGCCACGAGGGCCUAGACAUCAUCGAGAACGCCGUGGACAGUCUGGACCCUCGCAGCGACCGCCAGCGCUUCAUGGAGUUGUACCCCACAGCCUUCUGCCCGCCCAUCAAGUUCCAGUUCCAGCCCCACAUGGGCGAUGAGGUGUGCCAGAUUGCGAUGCAGCCGCCGGUGAGCGGAGAGCUGAUGUUGAGGUUCCAGCAGCUACAGUCCCGCCUGGCCACUCUGAACAUCGAGAACGAGGAGAUCAAGAAGACGUCAGAGGCCACCCUGACGACCAUCCAGGACAUGGUGACCAUCGAGGACUAUGACGUCUCCGAGUGUUUCCACCACAGCCGCUCCACCGAGUCGGUGAAGUCCACCGUGUCGGAGACCUACCUCAGCAAGCCCAGUAUCGCCAAACGGAGGGCCAAUCAGCAGGAGACAGAGCAGUUCUACUUCAUGAAAUUCCGGGAGUUUCUGGAGGGCAGCAAUCUCAUCUCCAAACUGCAGGCCAAGCACGACCUACUGAAGAGGACUCUGGGAGAAGGUCACCAAGGGGACUAUAUGACCACAAGGCCUCCCAAUGUGCCGCCCAAACCUCACAGUGGCACAAAUAGGAGGGCUAGGCCCCGCUCGGUCUUUAACGUUAAGUUGUUUAAUGGCAAUCUGGAGUCCUUUGUCAAGGACUCUGGACAAGCUAUUCCCCGUGUGGUGGAGAGCUGUGUUCGAUUCAUCAAUCUCUAUGGCCUUCAACAUCAAGGGAUAUUCCGUGUGUCCGGGUCUCAGAUGGAAAUCAAUGACAUCAAGAACUCAUUCGAGAGAGGUAACGACCCAUUGACAGAUGAAGAGAAUAACCACGACAUCAACUCGGUUGCCGGGGUUCUUAAACUCUACUUCCGGGGCCUGGAGAAAUCCCUCUUGCCCAAGGAAAGAUUUAAUGACCUCCUCUCCUGCGUCAGAAUAGAGAACCUGUAUGAAAGGUCCCUGUACAUCCGUAAGAUUCUCCUGACCGCCGUGCCCAGAUCCAUCCUCAUCGUGAUGCGCUACCUUUUUGCCUUUCUCAAUCACCUGUCCCAGUACAGCGAUGAGAACAUGAUGGACCCCUAUAACCUGGCCAUCUGCUUCGGCCCCACCCUCAUGCCCACACCCAACAUCGAGGAUCAGGUGUUGUGCCAGGCACACGUCAACGAGAUCAUCAAGACCAUCAUCAUCCACCACGAAAUCAUCUUCCCCGACACCAAGGAGCUGGACGGGCCCGUCUACGAGAAAUGCAUGGCCGGGGAAGACUACUGUGAGAGUCCCUACAGUGAGCAUGGGGCCAUAGAGGAGGUGGACAAUGAGGGAGGCACUGAGACGCAUACCAGCGAGGACGAGGGCGAGCCCAUCGAAGCAAUUGCCAAGUUUGACUACGUGGGGCGUUCUGCCCGAGAGCUGUGCUUCAAGAAGGGCGCCUCCCUGCUGCUGUACCAGCGGGCAUCGGACGACUGGUGGGAGGGACGGCACAACGGAAUUGACGGCCUGGUACCUCACCAGUACAUCGUGGUGCAGGACAUGGAUGAUAAUUUCUCAGACACACUUAGUCAGAAGGCUGACAGUGAGGCCAGCAGCGGCCAUGGAGCUGAGGACAAGUGUUCAGGAAAAGACAUGAGCUCUCCUACUGACACCAGGAUCACUGACGCCUACAUUGGCAGCAGGCAUAAGAAGAGGACGGAGCCCCCCUCCCGCCGCCCCCCGGCGCGCCCCAAUGAUGUCAACUGUAUGGUGCACCCCUCCCAGCAGACCCAAGGGGGCCAGGCUCACACGCCUGAGAUGGGCUCCCCGGUUCUGGGUCACUCCUUCAGCCCCCGGGACCUGCUGCGGAGCCGCAACCACGGACAGCUUCCCAUGGACAGCCCCGAGCACCGGCGCCGAACAGGCCACGGCAGCCUGACCAACAUCAGCCGCCACGAGUCACUGAAAAAGAUGGAGAGCCCGCCCAUUCGACGCUCCACAAGCUCGGGCCAGUACACGGCCGUGUUCCAGGACCCCCACCCGCGUGGUGGUGGCAAGCCCCUGGAUGCGGAGACCAUUGCACAGGACAUAGAGGAGACGAUGAACACGGCGCUGAACGAGCUGCGUGAGCUGGAGAGGCAGAGUUCGGCCAAGCACGCUCCCGAUGUUGUGUUGGACACACUGGAGCAGAGGCAGUCGACCGGUGGUCCCACCCCAGCCAGCUCCAGCGAGUCCCUCAGCCCCCUCCACAACAUCCUUCUGAGGGCUCAGACCGGCGAGGCCAGGGGGCCCCCGAUGUGCCGCAGCACCAGCUCUUCCAGCGACACCAUGAGCACCUUCAAGCCGGUAGUGGUACCCCGUAUGGGGGUGCAGCUUAAGCCGCCUGCCCUGAGGCCCAAGCCCCUGGUGCUGCCCAAGACGGGCCCGGCUCACCCUCCCCCUGUACACCCUCCCCAAGACCCCCUAGACAAGUCGUUCACCAUGUGAACUUUGAACUCUGGGAUGGGAACAUGGACCAACAGGAAACUGGGAGAGUGUCUCUGACUACAUAUAGUAGCAACAUGUUAUCAUUGUCUAUAGAUAAUAAUAAUAGUAACAAUAUUGUGUAAGACAGUAUAAGAACAGUCCAUUGCCUGGACAUUGUCUAUAGAUAAUAAUAAUAGUAACAAUAUUGUGUAAGACAGUAUAAGAACAGUCCAUUGCCUGGACAUUGAGGAUGCUGUAGUUAUUUGCUUUGUGAGAAAGAUGUGUUUUCUUGUGUCGAGAAGUUAACCAGUGUCCAGUAAGUUAACCACAUUUAUUAACAAUGAAAACAGGAACAUUCUCAGGUCUGCUAGACAGACUGAACUACCACAAAGAAAGGGGCAUGUUUCAGUGUGACUAACUAUUUAACAGACAAAAAAUUGUCAAGAUCCAUAUGGAAAAUACUGUAGAAUCUGCUGAAAUGCCUAGCAUCGCUAGAUAAGUCAACUUUUUCUCCUUGAUCAUUACUGUAUACAGAACAACAAAUCACAAGGCCUCCUUUGAGUUUAGAGAAACGACUCUGGUAGUUUACAAAAACUAGAGAACUACAAAAGAAUGAACGCUAAAGAAACAAAGUAGUGCACGUUGCAAUUCUGUUUUGCUUACUACUCAGCCAGGGGAACUAUGGGAAAUGUAGUCCGUGUCAGCUGAACCUGACUAUGGUUUGCUUCUCACUUAGAUGGACAACGCUUAGAUUUAGAGUACUGAUCGUAAGGCUUUACUGCCACUCAGAAAUAUAAGCUGUCAAUUGUGAAAGUUCAAAUCACCAUUUGAAAGCUGUUGGAAGUUUGGAUGUAGCUAAUGUUUAUAGCUGAGACUGAAGCAGGGAGGGCAAGAGUUCAGAUAUGUGUGUGAUCAUAAGGAUGCACUCUCACAUAACGUUUUGGCCAAAUAUAUUAGCACCCUUGCACUUUUCUUAAAUAAUUCCCAAUUUCUUCUCAAAUAAAUUGCAAUUGGAAAAAACCUUUGGUUUCCACAUCUUGUUAUUGAAUUUUCAACAUUGCAGAACUUAUUUUAUUUUUGUAAACUUUAUUUAAAUUAAAUUUGUAAACUUAAGACAAAUGGCCUGGGCAAAAUUAUUGCCACCCAGGAGCUAGUACUUGUGCUGUGGGGUUGCUUUGCUGCCUCUGGUACUGGGGCCUUGAACGUGUGCAAGACAUCAUGAAAUCAGCAGAUUAUCAAGGUAUUUUGGAGUUCAAUGUUCAACCCAGUGUCCAAAAAUGGUGUCUUUCUUUAAGGUUGUGGGUCUUCCAGCAGGACAACAAUCCAAAACGCAUGUCAAAAGCACCCCUGAAAUGGUUCAAGAAGAAAUGCUGAACUGUUCUGGAGUGGCCAGCGAGGAGUUCAGAUCUGAAUCACAUCCAUAACAUAUGGAGGAAUCUGAAACAGCCGCUGGUGGAGGGCACCCUCAAACAUUGAAGAAUUAGAGCAGUUUGCUGCAGAAAAGUUGGCCAAAUUGCCAGUUGAAAGGUACAGCAAGCUCACUGAUGGCUCCAAGAAGCAUUUAUCUGAAGUUAUCUUGGCCAAAGGCUGUGUAACCAAAUUCAAGCUCUGGGGUGCUAAUCAUUUUGUCCAUGCCAUUUUUCUUUAUUUUCUCAAAUUGUAAACUUAAGUUCACAAAUAUAAAAUUGGUUCUGCAAUGUUGAAAAUCCAAUAAGGAGCGGAGACCAGUUUAUUUAUUUUUUAAGUGUCUACUUAUUUGAGAAGAAAUAGGGAAUUAUUUAAGAAAAGUGCAAAGGUGCCAAUGUAUUUUGCUGCAACUGUAUAUACUGUAUAUAUAGUUGGACAGUAGAUGAUGAGAUGUUUAUUUUGUUUAUUUUGGUGCACUUGGCAACAGAAGAGUACAAAUGAACUGGAUACACUUUUGUCAAGGACUAGGCCGCACCUCCCAAAAGUUCUGAGAAUGAUGUUACGAGAUGUUACAAGAUUGCCUACAUGUUGAUUUUAUAUCGCUAUAAUUUUAUCGCAGCAUCAUAGUUCUAAACAAGGCCUGGAAGGAGACAAGAGGAUACAACCACUGUGAAAUAUUACCCGUUAUGGAAAUCCUGUGAAAAUGUUUCUAUACUCUUGAAGACCUGUGUCGAACCUUCGUUGGCUUUUUGUCUUCAGAUUCAAGGGGAGCGGUUGAGAAUGGUUUGCAUAUAGAACAGAGUAUAGAAAGCACACCAGAGCUUGGUUUACAACAACACACAAUGCCUGGCUUUCUCUGUCCAAAGACGACAUAUACUUUUACAGCAUGGAUGUUUGUUUCUCUCUCUCCCUCCUUCUGCAAUGUAAGCAUUCUUUUAGACUCCCUAAACUCAUGGCAGUAAACUCCCAAAGAUGGAAUGCUGGACUGACUGUUACUGUAAAAGACCCAUUUUGUUCAUACUGCUUCUUGUCAGUGUUUUAGGAGCUUUAUAUCCCAUCCCCAUAGCCCCUUCUGACCUGUAGGCUAAUCCUUGUGUUGUGGAUGGGGAGAUGGGCCGGUCCAUUAUGCUGUGGGGGAGAUGUGACUGAUGCUUAGAUUCUCCAUCAGGACUUUGUUAGUACAUUUAGGUUAUAAACCCCCUUUUGAAUGAUUGAUGUGUGCCAGAUCCCAGCUGAAUAGAGGAGCAGACGCAGCACAUGUGGACGUGGGGAAUGCAUACUCACAUGUUCACUGAAGACCAUGUCACAUGAUGUGGGUGUCAGUGUGGAGGCUGCUGAGGGGACGACGGCUCAUAAUAAUGUAUGGAAUGGAGUAUAAUCUAGAGAAUGGAAUGGUAUCAAACACAUGAAAACCAUGUGUUUGAUACCAUUCCCUUCACUCCAUUCCUGCCAUUAUUAUGUGCCGUCCUCCCCUCAGCAGCCUCCACUGGUGGGUGCAUGUGACAACUAACCAUCACAAGGGAAAUGACCUCCUCAUACUGUAACUGUAUGUUCCCCUGUGACAGUGCCCUCUACGGGUCUCUUUUAAAGGUGCUGUGUAGCUGAAGACAAGAGACUGAUGGGUGCAUGUGUUGGGAAGCUUGCAUCUGGUUAAAGAACAAGGACUCCAAAAAGCAUUGUCUCAAGUUUGCAAUAAGCAAUGUUUUCCUUGGCAUACAAACUGCAACAGGUUUAUUUUUGUCUGUUGCCAAAAUGUCAUGUAUAUUAAAAGUGAAUAUGAUUUGAAUUCUGGAUUACUAACCCUUUCUGGAUUUUGUAAUCAUUUUUGUUUAAGAUUUUGUUUGUUAGAAUUUAAUGGGAUUUUUAGAACAAAGGUUGUAGAAAUUCAAAGGUCCAAAGAACAGAGCCACGGAAUUUGCAGGUGUCCCACCCAAACUUUGGUCGUAUUCAUCAGACACCAAACGGAAGAAAACUAACAAACCCAAUAAGAAACGCUCAUUUUGUUUUCCGUUUUGCAACAGUGUCCUAAUGAACAUGAGCCUGUUGUAAUCUGUGUUUCUAUAUGCCAUUAUAUACAGUUAGCAGUGGAGUCCUGCCUGUUGACUGUUGCUUUGUGUCCAUGUACAUCUGUAGUAUGUACACAUGAAAGUGCCUUAGUUCAUAGUUUCUCUAAAACAUUUUCAAUGUUCUGUACUGUUGCAUUCUUAUUUCAGACCCUGUGUUAUGAGCAAGUGGAGUAGGAAGCGAGACAAAUUAAUUAAUGAGCAAAGUCUUGCAUCUCAAUAUCUGCGGUGCUGCUCGUGGCAAUGUCAUUUUGCGGAGUCUACCUUUAAUAAUAAAGAUACUGCUUAUCCAUUGUGACAUUGCACAGAACUGUAUAUUUGGCAUGUAACUUCUUAACAACUUUUAGAGCUCUGAGGGCUGUUCCUCAAGGGUGUUUCUGUCUAAUAAAGGAAAUACACUGAACAACAAUAUAAACGCAACAUGUAAAGUGUUGGUCCCAUGUUUCAUGAGCUGAAAUAAAAGAUCCCAAAAAUUCACAA